UGUCGACUUACAGCAGAAGGGAUGAGGUGAGGGACCAGGAUAGGUCUCCGUAUCCAGCGGGUGUGCGGGUCCCGCGGGGGGGGGCAAAGCGCGGCGGCGUGACCUUGAUCCUACGGCGGCGGGUGUGUACUUUGUGAUGCAGCCUGCAGCUUGCCGUGCCCAAUGGGGUUUGGACAAGGUGCUGGUCAGAACAAAGGAGCUGGCUGGCUGGUCAAAAACCCAAGGGUGUGAGCGUGCGGUCCUAGGGAGGCGGGAGUCGGAAGAGCUUGCGAGGUUAAGGCAGGAGGCACUAGCGCGCACGACGCGUCCACCGCAGAACACCAAGCGGCGGAGAGGAAAGGGGCGGUGCCGCUGCCACAGUCAGUCCACAGUCCACACGCAGAGCAACACGUCCAACACUUGUUUCCUCCCCUCACGAAAAGAGGCCAAAACUCAAACACAACACACACCAGACACCAGACAGAACACGACUGCUGAUCAGUACAGUGUGGCCUGGCAAAAGGGACGAACAUUGGGUGACGGUGUCCUCGUUGAUCACUCAUCCGCCUCCUCUCAACGCAGCCUGCCGCGCUCGGGUGGAUUUACGAUUGUCGCGAUACUUCAACACGUGGGCCUCGGCCAGCUUGCCUUGCCUUGGCAUAUCGCUAUGUUGAUGGCAGGUUAUCACAGACAUGCAGCCGCCCACGCGGUAUUCGAACUCGUAGACCCCUGUCAACGUACAGGUAGCAGCCCAUUCAUCAACUCUUCUUCUUCCGGUUCGUUCCGUCGUGCAAGUGAGAAAGAACGCGCGACUUACUUGCAUAUACAGCCUGCGCUACAUAAUUGUGUCUCUCAUAGCGUGCCAAUGUCAUAUAUACAUACGUGGGUCGAACAUCCGCGAGCUUGGAAGCACGCGGCGCCGCUGGCGGCUGCAGCCUGGGACAGGCGCCCGGAAGCCCAACGCAAGUUGGCCCGGCUGUGUAUGCACAUAGCUUGCGGCUGCCUGUGAUCGCCGAUCAUCUGUGAUGCCUCCUAUCAUCAGCAGCAUGGCAGGAAAGGC